CAUUGUGCUCCUACGGGAUGCGCGCAGCUCUCCAAAAUCAGCGCCCGGCGCUCAGCACCGCCCCGAAACCAUCCGACUGCUCGGCAACGGCCUCAUCCGCAGCCUCGUGCUGGGCUGAGGCUGCCGCGCUCGGAGCCGCAGGUUUUGGGCCCGCUGCCCACGUUUCCCCCCACGUGGCUCCACCUGGAAGCGUUUGGGUUCCUUUUCCAUUCCUAAAAAUCGGGGUGCAGGUUGGGCACCCAAACACAGACAGCUCAGGGCUGCGGUCGCUGCGUCACACCGUUGAUUAGGGCCGUCGGUGCCACUGCCCAUUCUUUAAAGCGUCCUGGAAUCCGAUGCUGUGAUGCUGGGCCACUUAUUAUGCAGUGUCCCCUCAGAGAAUCCGACCCCGGCCCUCAUCAUCGGCCUGCAGGACUUCCAGCGCAUCCAGGAGUCGUCCCGAGUGCAGAGCAAGGAGCAGCGUGCAGCUGAGCUGGCAGCCCUGAAAGCACAGAGGGAGGCAGAGCUCGAGGCCAUGAACGAGCGGAAGGCAGCAGCAAAGCGACAAAGCCUCCUGCAGCAGAGCAAGCAGAGCGAGCUGGAGGAGGAGGCGAAGGAACGCGCCCAGCACCUCCUGCAGCGGGCGAACAGGAUGCGCAUGGAGCAGGAGGAUGAGAUCAAGGAGUUCAGUGAGCUGCUCCUGGGUGUGAAGUGCCACAUGAUCCGCGACACGCAGAUCCUGGAGAAGCAGCAGAUAGCCAGAGAGCUGGAGGAGGAGGAGAAACGCCUGGCCAGGAUGAUGGAGGUGGAGAGGCAGAAGGCCGACGAGAUGCAGGAGGAGCUGGAAGGCAGGAGGAAGCGGGAGCUGAUGCAAGGCAGACAGGAGCUGGUGAAGCAGAUCGAGAAGAACGCGGAGGAGCGGGCGCUGAGAGCUGAGCAGAAGGACCAGGAGAGCCAGGAAAUGCUUCGGUACCUGGAACAGCUGAAGGUGGAGGAGCAGAAGGAGUUGGAGCAGAGGAAGGAGCAGCAGAAGAAAAUCCAGGCUGAGAUUAAACGCAUCAACGACGAGAGCCAGAGGUGCAAGGAGGAGCAGCUGCAGAAGGAGAAGAUGGAGGAUGAGCGGGUGCUCGAGUACCAGAGGCAGAAAAUGGAACGGGAGGCAGAGCUGGAAGCUGAGCAGGAAAGAAUCCGUCGGGAGAAGGAGAAGGAGGUGGCACGGCUCAGGGCCAUGCAGGAGAAGGCCCUCGACCAGCAGGCAGAGCGGGACGCACUGAGGGCCAAACGCAGCCAGGAAGCGGCCGAGCGGGAGUGGAGGAGGAAGGAGAAGGAGGCGGCGCGCAGGAAGGCUGAGAUGGAGGAGCAGCUGCGGCAGGGCCGGAGGCAGCAGAUCGCAGAGAAGGAGCAGCGCAUGGCUGUGCAGGUGAUGAGGGACCGGCGCGACUUCGAACGCAUCCUGCGGGCCCAGCAGAAGCAGAUUGAGAAGGAAAAGGCAGAGGAGGCUCGCAGGGCGGCCCUGCAGUCGGCCCACGCCGAUGCCAUCCGGCGUCAGAUGAGGGAGCAGCAGCAGCUGAGGGCCCAGGAGCGCAUGGCCGCCUUUGAGGAGAGCCGGAGGCUGCAGGAGGCGGCUGAGCAGCGCAGCCAGCGCAUCGCCCAGCUCAAGCAGCAGAAGAUCCAGGAGCUCAGAGCCGCUGGCAUCCCGGAGAAGUACUGUGCCCAGGUGGAGCGGUGGGCGCGCAGUGGGGCUCAGCCCCACACGGGGCAGAAGGCAGCAGCUCGGGAGUUUCGGCUCGCUUAAGCAGAGCUGCCUCCAAACAGAGAUGUUCAUGGAGCAGACAGCGUCUCCUGUCCUUCUCUUGCUUCCCACCUCCAGCUCUCCUCCUGGCUGUGAGGAUCAACAGCAAAGGCCGUGAGGUGCUGUACUUGGCCAAGGGAGACUCAGUGAAGCUGGGCUGUCCC